AUGGCAGAUUUAUCCAUAGUUCACGGGCCGCAAGAGCCUGCACUCUGGUCCAAGAGGCUAGGAGAUCUGAUUGAGGAACAAGCUCGCAACUUCGGAGAUCGUAUCGCAGUUGUGACGCCUUGGCAGGACAAGAGAUUGUCCUUUAACGACCUUGCGGAGAGCAGCAAAACGCUAGCCAAUGCCAUGGUCUGUGCUGGAUUGCGACUCGGCGACUGCAUUGCGGUCAUGGCCGGGAACCGAUACGAAUAUAUUCAAGUAUUUCUUGCUGGGGGGAGAAUAGGGUGCCCAGUCCUGCCAAUGAACAACGCCUACACACCAGCGGAGCUUGUAAGAGCCUUGCAGAGAAGUUCUGGGAUUGUGAGCUUUGGUGAAUCCAACAUAGACGCACACAUUCAAAGUUAUGAGGAUUUUUUGGCCUCCGGAGCGAAGAGCACAGAUAAAGACAAUUUUCGGGAGUUUGCUGAACAAAUCGUGCGACUUUCAGACAACCUCAGCUAUCAGUACACUUCUGGAACGAGUGGGGAGCCAAAAUUGUCCAUGCUUUCCCAUCGUGGUCUGAUCAACAACGCACGUCUCGUCGGUGAUGCCAUGCGUCUUGGCCCAAAUGAUAUAGUCUGUUGUCCGCCACCAUUAUUCCAUACCUUUGGUCUAGUACUUGGUUUUCUCAACGCCUUUAGCCACGGCAGUACGAUUGUCUUUCCCUCGGAUCACUUUAACGCCGAUCAAGUCAUUCAGGCAGUCGAUCAGGAAAAGGCCACCGCCCUACUAGGCGUACCAACAAUGUUUGUGGCAGAAUUGGAAAUUUGUGAUGCUAAACAGAUCAAAAUCACGACUGUCCGAACGGGACUCGCGGCUGGAUCUCCAGUUUCAGAGACACUUCUGGGUCGGCUGGAGAGUCUACUAGGCAUCAAUGGUAUGCUUAUUGCGUACGGAAUGACUGAAACAAGCCCUGUGACAUUUAUGACUUCACUUGAUGAUCCAAGGGACAAGGCAAUGACCACUUUGGGCAAAGUUCUCCCGCAUACCUCAGCCAAGAUUGUAGACCCGAAUGGGACGAUUGUUCCCCGAGGAGAGAAAGGAGAACUGUGUACCAGCGGUUAUGGCUUGCAAAGAGGAUAUUUCAAUAACGAAUCAAAAACCAAGGAAGCAAUGCGACUAGACGCAGAUGGCAGAUUAUGGAUGCAUACUGGAGAUCAGUGCUGCUUGGAUUCCGAAGGCUAUUGCCAUAUCAGCGGUCGAACUAAAGAUAUCAUUAUUCGAGGUGGUGAAAAUAUGUUCCCACUCGAAAUUGAAGAGCGACUGCUACUUCAUCCAGCUAUCGUCGAGGCUAGCGUUGUUGGAGUUAAUGACCAAAAAUACGGCCAAGUGGUAGGCUGCUUCCUUAAACUGGCCGCAACCCACAGUAAAGUUCGAGAUCAAGAGGUAAGAGAUUGGGUGCGUGAAGAAUUGAGUUGGCAUAAAGCGCCGCAGUAUAUAUUUUGGGUGGGCGACGGAGAGAUAUGUCCAGAUUUCCCGAAGACUGCCAGUGGCAAGCACCAGAAACAUCUCAUGACGGACAUUGCCAAUAAAACUCUAUUUGGGAAUCACUCUGCAUCAAGAAACUUGCCAGUGCGCCUGGGAUACUCGCUUUUUGGCUUAUCG